AUGGCUGAAACAAAUGAUCAGUAUGGAACGUCAACAUUUCAAAUGAAAAUGAAUUCAUCAUUAUUGUCUAAUGAUCAGAAUAUGAUGAAUAAUUCUCAAAAACAUCUUCUAAAUCACGAUUUAUCGUCUACAGCGACAUCGCCCUAUGUAUACUCAGGCAUUUGCUCAUCAUGUCUCAAAGAGACAUCUCAGCUUAUUUCGUCUCCGUUUUCGUGUUCGUUUUCGUCUCCACAUCGUCUAUGUACAAAUUGUUUUCAAUACUUUGUGGAACAACAACAACAACAACAAGCAUUGAUUCAACCAAAAGCUCCUCUAUCAUCGAUCACUGCACCAUUAAACGGUUCAUCAAUUGAUAAUAAACCACCACUUUCAUUACAUGUGUCUCAUCAAACAACACAAAUUAAUCAUUAUUCACCUCUUUCGUCAUCCAGUUCUUCUUCGAGCUCAUCUAUGUCUUCGUGUUCGUCAAAAGUCAUUUCUGCAUCCUCUACAACAAAUCGUUCACAGAUGGUAACUGAUUACGAUGUAUUAUUGUCAAAUGAAUUAAAAUCAUUUGCUCAGGAAUUUCAUAGGACGAAUAAUAAUGAUAAUAAUAAUAAAUCUAUCAAAACAAAUCACUUUAUGAAUGAUCUCAUUGAUAUUCAUUCAUUUGAUUCUUUACUACCAAAUGGAAAUAAUGACGAUAGUUGUUUGAAUCAUUUUAAUAGUACGCUAUCACCAUUCGUACACACGUAUACAGAUCAACAAACAAGUGAUUUUACGAAAUAUUUUCAACAAAUAUUAAACACUACCAAUGCUUUUGACGAUAAUCCCCCAUCAACUAGUCCAACAAGUAGUAACAGUUCAAAUAGUGUUGACAAUCACCAACAACAAUUUCCUCUUAUUACUCCGAUACAACAAAAAACAUCAAAUAAGAAUGCUUAUGGUGGUAAUGAUCUAGUCAAUGGGAACUGCAUUAUACCCUCACAACCGAACACAUUUUCAUCUAGUUUACCAACUAAUCCAACAGAUUUUUUUCAACAACAACUACAGACAAUUCCUUCUACAACAACAAAUGUUUUUCAUCGUCAAUUAUCAGCAUUCUCAUCAUUUGAUGAUCAAAAUAACAGUAAUUAUCAUCAUCAACAACAGACAUUAGAAUCAAAUAAACUUGUUAACGGUGAUAAUUAUUCGCCAUAUUCGUCACUAGUCAAUAAUACAUUACCUGUCACAACCCCUAAUAAUAAUUCAUCAUUGUACUGUUGUUUUGCCAACAAUAUACCUUAUACAUAUUGUUUAGAUUGUGAAACAUCGCUAUGCGAAAAAUGUUCAAAUGAACAUCCUCGUUUAACAAUUUUUAAAGAUCAUCGUCAACAAAUUCUACCACGUCAAACGUUAUUCGAUUCGAAUACGUCUACAAAAUCAACACUUCCAUCUUCUUUAAUUAUGCAACACAUAACAGAUAAUAAAAGUUCAUCGUCAUCAUCAUUAAAACAAAAUCAAGAUCAUCUUAAUCAAUCAGUAUUAAAUAAUGAUCGAAAUUCACUUUAUUCAAAUUUAUUAGUCAAUGGUAUUCAUCCGUUUCCACAAAAAUCAUACUGUUCAACUGCCAAAACUGAUAUAUCAACAGGCAUGAAUAAUGAUGGUGCAAAUAAUGCAUUCAACAAUAUCUUAAAUUCAUUUUUUUCACAAUUAACUCUAACACCAUCAACAUCUUCUACUCCACUUUCAACAAAUACUACGGUUACAACACCUACAGGAUCCAUGGUACUUAAUAAUUCAUCAUCAAUUUCUUGUUCCGAACAUUCUAAUUUAAAAGCAUCCUAUUAUUGUGAUUUAUGUUCAAAAGCCUAUUGUCAAGAAUGUAAUCAACAACAUUCAACACAUCAUUCAUCAUUAACUCAUAUUCAAGAUACAAUUGAUAAUGCAAAACAAUUAACAAAAAAAUUUUUAAAUGAAUCACAAAUAUUAUUACUUCAUCUUGAUGAAUCAUUAAAACAAUCAACAAAAACCAUGGAAAAUAUUAAUAAUAAAUGUUCAACCGUUGAAAAUGAAAUAAAAGCUAUUAUUAAAUAUUUUCUAGAUAUUUUAACAAAUAGACAAGAUUAUUUAUUAAAAAAUUUAGAUAAAAUACAAACAAUUAAAACUCAAAUAGUACAAAAACAAAUUAAUGAAUUAAAUACUGUUAUAAGACAAUUGCACAACACAAUUGUGGAUUGUAAUGAUUGUUUAAAAAAUGGUAAUGAUAAUGAAUUAAUUCGUAUUCGUAAUCGUCUAUGGAAUGAAACAUUAAAAAUGAAACAGACAAUAAAUCAAUACAUGAAACCAAUUGAAGAUGAUUCAAUUCAAUUUCAACAAUCAUUGCCAACAUUAAAUAAAACAUUAUUGAAUUUUGGUCAAAUAACAACAAAUUCUUAUGGACCAUUAUGUGAAUUAUAUGGUGAUGGUAUUCAUUAUGCAAUUAAAAAUAAAUUAACAAUAUUAAAUUUACAGACAAAAAAUCAUCUUGGUGAAAAUCGCAGUUGUGGCAGUGAUGUAGUACAAUGUUUAUUACAACAAAUUGGAGAUACUUCCAUAACAUCAAACGGUAUUCAAUGUGAAAUAUACGAUAGACAAAAUGGACAAUAUUUUAUUACUUAUAUUAUUAAUAAUGAAGGGUAUUAUCUAUUGAAUGUUUAUGUUAAUAGUAAUCCAAUUAAAGAUAAUCCAUUUCAUAUACAAGUUAGACAAAAUCGAAAUUAUUCAACAAUUGGACGUUUAAUAUUUGAAUUUGGUGGUGAAGGUGAUCAUGAUGGAAAAUUGUGUCGACCUUGGGGUGUUUGCUGUGAUAAUCAAUCAAAUAUUAUUGUUGCAGAUAGAUCAAAUAAUCGUGUACAAAUUUAUGAUAAACAUGGAAAAUUUAUACGAAAAUUUGGUACACAAGGAAAUCGACCUGGUCAAUUUGAUAGACCGGCUGGUGUUGCAUUCGAUAAAUUAUUAAAUAGAAUUAUUGUUACAGAUAAAGAUAAUCAUCGAAUUCAGAUAUUUACAGUCAAUGGAGAAUAUUUAUUUAAAUUUGGUGAAAAAGGUACAAAACCCGGUCAAUUUAAUUAUCCAUGGGAUGUUGCAGUUAAUAAUGAAUGUCAAAUAUUAAUAUCAGACACUCGUAAUCAUCGUAUUCAAUUAUUUACAAAAGAUGGUUUAUUUUUAAGAAAAUAUGGUUUUGACGGUCCAAUAUGGAAACAAUUUGAUUCUCCUCGAGGUGUAGCAUUUAAUAAUAAUGGACAUGUUAUUGUUAGUGAUUUUAAUAAUCAUCGUUUACUCAUUAUAACAUCAGAUUUUCAAACAGCUCGUUUUCUUGGCACCGAAGGUACAGCAAAUGGACAAUUUCUUCGUCCUCAAGGUGUCGAUGUUGAUUGUGAAGGCAAUAUUAUUGUGGCUGAUUCAAGAAAUUAUCGUGUACAAAUAUUUUCACCACAAGGUACAUUUAAAACAAAAUUUGGUAUGCAAGGUUCUGGAUAUAAUCAAAUGGAUCGACCAUCAGGUAUUUGUGUAUCACCCGAGGGCUACAUCAUUGUUGUAGAUUUUGGAAAUAAUCGAAUACUAGCUUAUUGA